AUGGGGAAGGACCAGGAGCUGCUGGAAGCUGCUCGCACUGGAAAUGUGGCUCUGGUGGAGAAACUCCUGUCUGGCAGGAAAGGAGGGAUCCUGGGCGGUGGAUCCGGCCCCCUGCCCCUGUCUAAUCUGCUAAGUAUCUGGCGAGGUCCCAAUGUCAACUGCACAGAUAGUUCUGGUUACACUGCUUUACACCAUGCAGCCUUAAAUGGACAUAAGGACAUAGUUCUCAAACUACUUCAAUAUGAGGCAUCAACAAAUGUAGCAGAUAACAAAGGUUAUUUUCCUAUUCAUUUGGCUGCCUGGAAAGGAGAUGUGGAAAUUGUGAAAAUUCUUAUUCAUCAUGGACCAUCACAUUCCAGAGUCAAUGAACAGAACAAUGAAAAUGAAACAGCCCUACAUUGUGCUGCUCAAUAUGGACAUUCAGAAGUAGUUGCAGUUCUUCUAGAAGAACUCACUGACCCUACAAUUAGGAACAGCAAGCUGGAGACCCCAUUGGACCUGGCAGCACUCUAUGGACGGCUGAGAGUCGUCAAAAUGAUCAUCACUGCACAUCCGAACUUAAUGAGCUGCAAUACCCGAAAGCACACACCACUCCACCUUGCUGCCCGUAAUGGUCAUAAAGCAGUUGUACAGGUGCUAUUGGAAGCAGGAAUGGAUGUGAGCUGUCAAACAGAAAAGGGAAGUGCCCUUCAUGAAGCAGCUCUAUUUGGAAAGGUGGAUGUUGUACGAGUUCUGUUAGAAACAGGAAUUGAUGCCAACAUAAAGGACAGUUUAGGUAGAACUGUCUUAGACAUCCUGAAAGAACAUCCAUCUCAGAAAUCUCUCCAGAUUGCAACACUCUUACAAGAAUAUUUGGAAGGUGUCGGAAGAUCAGCAGUGCUUGGAGAACUUGUUCAGGAAGAUACAACACAAGGAAUACGUGAAACUGUGACAGGAGAACUAUCAAAACUACUUGAUGAAAUAAAACUCUGUCAAGAAAAGGAUUAUUCUUUUGAAGAUUUGUGCAACACAAUAUCAGACCACUACUUAGAUAAUUUGAGCAAGAUUUCAGAGGAAGAACUUGGGAAAAAUGGAAGCCAGAGUGUAAGAACUUCAUCUACAAUAAAUUUGUCACCAGGAGAAGUGGAAGAAGAUGAUGAUGAUGAAAAUACUUGUGGGCCCACAGGACUUUGGGAAGCAUUAACCCCUUGUAAUGGAUGUAGGAACCUUGGCUUUCCCAUGCUUGCACAGGAGUCCUAUCCAAAGAAGAGGAAUUACACUAUGGAAAUUGUACCAUCUGGUUCUCUGGACACAUUUCCUCCAGAAAAUGAGAACUUUCUAUGUGAUCUCAUGGACACAGCUGUUACAAAGAAACCUUGCUCCUUAGAAAUCGCAAGGGCACCUUCCCCAAGAACUGAUAAUUCCUCUGAGGUAGCAAUUAUUGCUCCAGGAACUAGUAACCAUAGAAACAGUUCAACAGGUCCAACACCUGACUGCUCACCUCCAUCCCCCGAUACUGCCCUCAAGAAUAUUGUAAAAGUCAUUAGACCACAGCCAAAACAGCGAACAUCCAUUGUGUCAUCUCUGGAUUUUCAUCGAAUGAAUCACAAUCAAGAGUACUUUGAAAUCAACACAGCUACAGGGUGUAUAAACUUUACUUCCAGCCCUCCUGUUAGUCCACCCACCUCUUCUGCUGAAACCACAGAAGGCAAUAAUGAAAGACCUGACCAAAGAGAGGACCCCUCUCAACAGGAAGCCAAUGAUCCCCCUAAAGAAUAUGAUCCUGGGCAAUUUGCAGGCCUUCUCCAUGGAUCCUCUCCAGCCUGUGAGUCCCCUGAAAAUCCAUUCCAUCUGUAUGGGAAAAGAGAGCAAUGUGAAGAAGGACAAGAUGAAAGCAGUUCGGCAAGCAGUCCUUUGCCUUUUAAGCAGACUGCAAUAGAAAAGAGCUCAGAACCUUUGGUAAAGAAAAUUAAACCCAAAGUGGUCAGUAGAACAAUUUUUCACAAAAGAAGCAAUCCACUAGAGAACCACACCAUCGUUGGUACAAGAACAACCAGGAGUGGAUCCCGGAGUGGGGACCAGUGGAUUGUGAACACAGGGGGAUUUGUGGAGAGAGCUUGCACUCUGGGGAGAAUAAGGUCAUUGCCCAAAGCCCUGAUCGACAUGCAUUUAUCCAAAAAUGUCUCUAAAUCCGAUUCUGAUCUCAUCGCCUACCCUUCAAAGGAGAAAGCAUCAAGAGUUAACUGGAGUGAAUCUUCAACUGCGGAACACAGUUCUAAAGAGACUUCAGAAAGAACACCAUCUUUCACAUCUGAGUGGGAAGAAAUUGACAAAAUAAUGAAUUCCAUAGAUGUUGGCAUCAAUACUGAACUUGAAGAAAUGAAUGGAGAGGCCACAAGACCUAGAUGCCCUGUGCAAUCAGUGGGACAAUGGUUGGAAAGCAUUGGGCUACCUCAGUACGAGAACCACCUGAUGGCUAAUGGAUUUGACAAUGUGCAGUUUAUGGGAAGCAAUGUUAUGGAAGAUCAGGAUUUGUUGGAAAUCGGCAUCCUUAAUUCUGGGCACAGACAGAGAAUUCUACAGGCAAUCCAGCUCCUUCCAAAGAUGAGACCAAUUGGCCAUGAUGGGUAUCAUCCCACCUCCGUAGCUGAGUGGCUGGAUUCCAUUGAGCUGGGUGAUUACACCAAAGCCUUUCUAAUUAAUGGCUACACGUCGAUGGACCUAUUGAAAAAAAUCUGGGAAGUGGAACUUAUUAAUGUUUUAAAAAUCAGUUUGAUUGGCCACAGGAAACGCAUUUUGGCUUCUCUCGGAGACAGGCUGCACGAAGAUCCUCCACAGAAGCCCCCUCGGUCCAUCACCCUCAGGGAACCCAGUGGUAAUCACACUCCUCCUCAGUUGUCUCCAUCACUUAGCCAAAGCACUUACACCACUGGUGGCUCCCUAGACGUUCCUCACAUUAUCAUGCAGGGCGAUGCAAGGAGGAGAAGAAAUGAAAACUACUUUGAUGAUAUUCCCCGAUCAAAACUGGAGAGGCAGAUGGCUCAGACAGGAGACUGGGGAGAACCUUCUAUCACCUUGCGGCCUCCAAAUGAAGCCACAGCCUCAACUCCAGUGCAGUACUGGCAGCAUCACCCAGAGAAGCUCAUCUUCCAGUCAUGUGACUACAAGGCUUUUUAUUUAGGUUCUAUGCUGAUAAAAGAGCUCAGGGGGACAGAAUCCACCCAAGAUGCUUGCGCAAAAAUGAGGGCUAACUGUCAGAAGUCUACAGAGCAAAUGAAGAAGGUCCCUACUAUUAUUCUUUCAGUCUCAUAUAAAGGAGUCAAGUUUAUUGAUGCAACAAAUAAGAACAUAAUUGCUGAGCAUGAAAUUCGUAAUAUUUCCUGUGCUGCCCAAGACCCCGAAGACCUCUCAACGUUUGCUUAUAUCACAAAAGAUUUGAAGUCCAAUCACCACUACUGUCACGUGUUUACUGCCUUCGAUGUGAAUCUAGCUUACGAAAUCAUCCUCACACUGGGCCAGGCAUUUGAGGUGGCUUACCAGCUGGCGCUGCAAGCAAGAAAAGGGGGACAUUCCUCCACACUCCCGGAAAGCUUUGAAAACAAGCCCUCCAAGCCCAUCCCCAAGCCCCGCGUCAGCAUUCGCAAGUCCGUGGCUCUGCAGACAUCCUGUCCCAACAGGCUGCAUGACUUCCAAAGCGGCCUCCUCUGCUAG